CCCAAAGGACAGUUCUCGUUUACGCUGUCAGGAUGGAGGUGAUAGAAAACUCGGGCCGUGAAUUCGAUUGCGAAUUCGAGGCACCGAUUUAUCAAGAGGACAUGCAUGAUGAGGACGAAUGUCCCCCUCAACCCAAUUCAAAUGAAAAUAGGCAACAAGUGUUUAUGUUCAACAUGACACCUGGAAGACAUGACAGACUGGCUGCACUGAGCCUGGUGAUACUCGCUGCUGUUCUACUGAUAGUUGAUAUCAGCCUUGGAGAGCACUACAGCAACCUUAAAGAUACCCACCUCACAGCUGAUGAUGCAGAACGCAUUGAAAUCGAGUUGAAGGGACUUCACGAUACUUACAAGACUGCGAUCAAGACCAUGAAGGACACCAGGCACGAGCUGGACAAAGAGAUGACUCGUCAGACACCAUCCAACUGGGAGCUUGAACACCAGCAAAAAAGAAAGAGUGACAAUGAGGAACAGAUUGAUCAAAUGACAGUGGCCAUCGCAUCAAUGAAAUUCCAGUUACCAAUUCUUCGUGAGAGCUGCAGACUCUGUCCGACCGGAUGGGUUUUGAUGAACUCAGUAUGUUAUUACUUUGCCUUCUCCAACGUUGAUGGAACCAAAACCUGGAAAAGAGCCAGAAAUUUCUGCCAGGAUGAUGGUGGCGAUCUUGUGAUCAUGGACAGCAAAGACAAAGUGAAUUUAACUGUAAAUGCCCUGCGGAAUUAUUACACGGACUCUACAUCCCCCAGUUCCUUCUGGAUUGGACUGAAUUAUAUCCACGAGGAAGAGACUUGGAAAUGGUUGAAUGGAACAUCACUGGCUGAAGGAUACUGGGAUGAUGGCGAGCCAACUGUUUCCGGCACGGAUGCCUGUGCAAAUGUGUAUCCCAAACAAAACUUCUUCAAGAGUUGGAGCAGCACUUUAUGUAACGAAAAAAAGAAAUGGAUUUGUGAAAAAGCACCAAUCAUUAUCAGUUAAAAGUGUGUUUAUGUUGGACUGGCAUGCAAGGUUAAAUUUUUGCAUAAAAGGUUAACUCCACUUUUACUGACAUCUUCUGUCUCUGUAACAGUCUUUAUCAAAUCACUGCUUUGGUCAUGCACAAUGAUUGAAGUACUCAGGGCCCCGGAACCAAUGGGGGUCAUGUCCUUAAGAUUUAUCAGCAUUAUCCUUUUUAAGGUGUUGAGCACCUUUAUUUUAAAAUAAAAGUUAUUUUGAGACUGUCACGUGGUUAUGAAAUUGUUUCAAUGUUUUGUAAAUCAUGUGAUGUCAUAACGUAUCAUGGCCUUAA